AGACCGCAUCCGCUGGCGCAGGCUGUAGGAUGGUAGCGCACAGCAAGGUGUCAGCAGAUAAUGCCGUUGCAGCAGACCCGAGAUGUCUCCUUGACCCUCCGGCGCGGGACCGUUCGCAGGCUCGAGCGUACCACGGCCCUGGGCGGCCCGGCGCGGUGCAGAGCAACACGCACUUCCGAACCUUCCGCUCGCAGGCGGAUUUCAGCAGCAUCACGCGGGCGAGCUCCCUGCUGGACGCCUGCGGCUUCUACUGGGGGCCGCUGACCGUCAGCGCUGCCCACGAGAAGCUCAAGUCAGAGCCCGAGGGCACCUUCCUCAUCAGGGACAGCACGCAGAAGAACUGCUUCUUCGCCAUCAGUGUUAAGACCGCGACUGGGCCCACCAGCAUCCGGAUAAACUUUCAGACUGGGCGUUUCAGCCUGGAUGGCAGCAAGGAGAGUUUUGACUGUCUUUUCAAGCUGCUGGAACAUUACAUAAGCUCUCCCAGGAAGGUCCUGGUUACUCCUCUACGCAAAGUCCGUGUGCAGCCCUUGCAGGAGCUCUGCCGGAAAAGCAUUGUGAAGACUUUUGGAAGGGAAAACUUGAACCGGAUCCCACUCAAUCCAGUUCUGAAGGACUACCUGAAAUCCUUCCCCUUUCAGAUAUAAAUACAGCAUUAACUGUACAGGGGCGUGUAAGCACGAGAUGUGUGAAGAAAUCCAGCCUCCUGGGUUUUUAACCUUGUUUGACAGUGAGCAAACUUAUUUUUGUAGCAACUUACUGUAUCCUUGGAUGGAACUUGAACACUUGACUCCUUAUGUUUACGAAAACUGUUUGCACAAACCUGGGGUUUUAAAGCCCUGGCAUCAUCUUUCUGCUAAGCAGAAUAUUUUAUUAUUUUAUAAUAUUUUUAAUGAUAUUAACAUAAUAAAUUUUAUUGCGAAAG